ACCAAGACAUUGAUUGAACUGGACUCAGUAGUCAUCAACACAAUCAAUGAUGUUGGUCCGUCAACGAAUUGCAGCUGUCUCAUCAACAGCUCAAUUCCGAGCUUUGUCGCGAGCUACCACACCUUUGUCGUCGCGACCAUUGACCUUGACGAAACCAUCACAGCUAUCCAAACAAUUCAGUGCUCGUCGCGCCUACGCGUCUGAAGCUGCCGCACAACCACCCAAAAAGAAACGAUUUAGGGUCUUGCGAUGGACAUGGCGUCUGACUUGGCUGGCUGGUUUGGGUAUGACUGGAUACUUGGGUUAUCGUAUCUAUCUUCUGCGUCAUCCUGCCGAACAAAUUGAGCCUGAUCCGUCCAAGAAGACGUUGGUGAUUCUCGGAACCGGCUGGGGCUCCGUCAGUCUUCUCAAAAAGCUCGAUACCGAAAACUACAAUGUCGUCGUCAUCUCACCUCGGAAUUUCUUCCUCUUCACCCCUUUACUCCCCUCGUGUACCACGGGACUGAUUGAGCAUCGCUCCAUCAUGGAACCCAUUCGGAAUAUCCUGCGCCACAAAAAGGCCACUGUGAAGUAUUACGAGGCUGAAGCUACAAAGAUUGAUUACGAGAAUCGCCUUGUCUAUAUCAGUGAUGAUUCGGAGAUUAAAGGUGAUGUGUCGCAUACGGUUGUUCCGUUUGAUAUGUUGGUUGUUGGUGUUGGUGCUGAGAAUGCUACUUUUGGUAUCCCCGGUGUCCGCGAACAUUCCUGCUUUUUGAAGGAAGUCGGGGAUGCGCAGAAAAUUCGUAAACGGAUCAUGGACUGCGUCGAGACUGCUUCUUUCAAGGAUCAGACCGAGGAAGAAGUCAAACGUCUUUUGCACAUGGUUGUUGUCGGCGGUGGUCCUACCGGUGUUGAAUUCGCGGGCGAAUUGCAGGAUUUCUUUGAAGAGGAUUUGAGGAAGUGGAUUCCUGGUAUUCAGGAUAAUUUCCAUGUUACCUUGGUUGAGGCUUUGCCAAAUAUUCUCCCCAUGUUCUCCAAACAACUCAUCGAAUACACCGAAUCCAGCUUCAAAGAAGAAAAAAUCACCAUCCGCACAAAAACAAUGGUCAAAAAAGUAACAGACAAAUACAUCGAAGCAGAAAUCACCAAACCGGAUGGAAGCAAAGAACUCGAAAAGAUUCCUUACGGGCUCUUGGUCUGGGCAACCGGUAACGCCGUCCGCCCCGUUGUCAAGGAUCUCAUGGGCCAAAUCUCCGCACAACAGAACUCCCGUCGCGGUCUCGCCGUUAAUGAAUAUCUAGUCGUGAACGGAACAGAAAAUAUCUGGGCCGUCGGCGACUGCGCAAUUACGAACUACGCCCCCACGGCACAAGUUGCAAGUCAGGAAGGCGCCUUUUUAGCUCGGUUAUUCAAUACAAUGGCCAAAACCGAAUCCCUCGAAGAGGAGCUCAAACGUCUUAGCGUCGCACAACAGGAAGCCAAGGACGAAGAAUCGCGCAACAAAAUCUUUGACGAAAUCAAGGAACGACAACGUCAACUGCGCCGCACGAAACAGAUCGGUCCCUUCCAGUACUCGCAUCAGGGAAGUUUGGCGUAUAUUGGUAAGGAGAGAGCGGUUGCCGAUAUUAGUUGGGUGAGUGGGAAUAUUGCUAGUGGUGGUACGAUGACAUAUUUGUUUUGGAGGAGUGCGUAUUUGAGUAUGGUCUUUAGCGCGCGAAACCGUAUUCUCGUUGCUACGGACUGGAUUAAGGCCAAAGUUUUUGGUCGUGACGUUUCUCGAGAGUAAUUUUCUUUUCUUUUCUUUGCAGUGUUAGAAAAGCAUAGACUUGUUUCCUUUGUUGUUCUUACGUCUGUCUGUUUUGAGUUGCCCGUUUCAUUUCAAUGUACUGUGUACUACAUACUUUUGACUGUUAGCAGAGACAAUAGAAUAAUGUAUUAUAACAUGUUCUGAUAUGUCUCCUACUCUAGCAUGGAUGGCAGUUACUAGAUAGUACAGGUAUUAAAUCGAAUUACUUCACUACCACCACCAUCCCCCUCCACCCCGUCUUCCGAGUCUGGAGAAAUAAGGAGGUUACAGGAUAUCACCAACAUCAACUCCCUCUGCAUUUCCAUCAGCCUUCACAGCAGAGCCAUCAACUAUAUUACCCAGCGUAUCGUCAUCAUCCACAUCCCCGUUCUUGUCCCCGGCAUUCUGUCGGCGAUGUUUCAGGAUGGUGAUGUUUUGCAGGUUUUUACUCACGUCCGCCGAUGAGUCGUCGGCUGCGUUUAGGAGGGCGUCGUUGUUUGAGGCGUUGUUGUUGUCGUUGUCGUUGGCCGCGUUGAGUGUUGGGUCUUGGACUAUAGGUGCUGCGGAAGCAGAUGGAGUCGGUGAUGGUGUUGCAGAGGAUGAGGAGGCUUGUCUACGCAAGACGCUGACGCCCUGCACAUUAUCAUCAACCGCAGCAGCGGAGCCAUCAAGUACAUUGGCCAGAGACUCGUCAUUGUCCCCGUUGCCGUUACCGUUAUUCGUGGUAGAAGGAGUAUCCCGCCCUAAGAGAGCGGAUAACCACCCCCUUUUCCCCACGGAUUGUUUCGACGACGUACGACGCAGGACGGUAAUGUUCUGAAUAUUACGAUUUACGUCGCCGGUAUCACCGUCAAGAACAUUCAAAAGACUUUCAUUAUCAUCCCCGUUUCCGUUCCCAUUCUCAGAUUUGGAAGGGAAUUGUCGUCUUGCGACGGAAACGUUUUGCGCGUUUCGGUUUAUGUCUGCUGCUGAGCCGUCAAGAACGUUAGCGAGUUGGUCUGAGUUGUCGUUGUUACCGGAGGUAGAGCUUGUGCUUGGUGCUGGGAGGAGUUGACGGCGUAGAAGGCUACCCAGAUCUGCGAUGUCGACGUUUUGUCCGUUUCCGUCGACUGAAAGAGAAGAGUCGUCGAGGAUGUUGCCGAGGGAGUCGUCGUUGGAGUUGUUGUCAGAAUCGGAGUUUUGGCGAGUUGGGAGGUCGCUGAGGACAUUGCCGAAGUCGUUGGGGGUGUUGGAUGAUUGGCGUCUUUUUAAGCCGCCGAGGACAUCGUCCAGACCAGCGUCGUCGUCGUCAGAAGAUUGGCGAGCUCUCAAUCCACCGAGAAGGCCCCCAAGCCCAUCAUCAUCAUCGUCAUCGUCAGAAGAUUGACGCG